AACAGCAGCUUCCUCUGAACUACAAGGAAACUUUUCCCACCAAAACCAUCUGAAGGAUGAAUCCCAUCAGGCGCAGAGAGUCGGUGUGCAGGAGUCUGUUUGGCCCGGUGGACCGCGAGCAGCUGCGCCGGGACUUGACGCAGAGGAUGAAGGAGAUCGCAGAGCAGGACAGCCGCCGCUGGAACUUUAACUUCCAGACAGAAACGCCACUUCCCGGCAGGUUUCAGUGGGAGGAGAUCCCCGCAGACUGCGCCGCUGCUGCCUAUCAGGAGUCCGCACAGGUGAAGGACGACAUCUGUUCUCCACACACUGGUGAGGGAGAGGACAGGCUGAGCGACCGUGAGGAGAGCACAGGGGCCGACCAGGAGAACUGCUCCAGCAUCUCCAACACGCACAAGCGUCCCGCAGAAGUGACGCCCGUCCGGAGAAAGAGGUCCCUCUCAAAACCUGCAGCCAAGCCCAGGAGCAACGCACGAAUUACAGAUUUCUUCGCAAAGAGAAGGAGGACAACAGAAACCAAGAGCAUCCUGAAUCCGUUCCACACAAGUUCCAGUGAAGCAGCUUUUUGCAAAACAAUAAGGUGAACAUGCUGCUGAAAAUGGACUACUUAUAUUUUUGUGGACUGGACCACUGCACCAAAGGAGCUUAUUUUAUGUUAUUUUAAUUUUAUUCCUCUUUAUUUUAUUUUAUUGCCAUUUUUAUUAAUUUGUGAACCCAGGUUAAAUUAUGCCAUUUUCUGUUAUUUAUUUUAUUUAUGGCCUAUAUUUAAUUUCUUUGCAUUUUUCCAUUCCACAAAUAUGUUUGUUUAUUGAUGUUUAUUUCUCAUUUUCGUCUGGGUUGUUGUUAUGUGAGUAAGAACAUUUAAACAGCUCAAUGAAAUUUUUGUUUCUGUAUCUGUUUUUGUAUCUUGUUGGUGUAUUUCUGUAAUAUUUGCUGCUGGUGUAAAGCACUGUUAUGUCCUUUGAUAUGUUCGCCUAAAUUAACUGAGAUUGUAAAUGCCUACAAGUAUUGUAAGUUUAAUAAACUGUUUUAUCAGUGA